AUGGUGUUUCUGAGCUUUAACUCCGCGAUCACUGCGCCAGACGAUGUGGCAGAGCUGCAUGGUGAAGACCAGGAUGAUGGUGGAAUGCCUGAUGGGCUAGCUUUGAGGUUUACAUGGGUGGUUUGGCAGCAGCGGGCUGCAUCCAAAACGGUGCCCUACGAACAAGCGACGAAGCAGCUUGCAACCAUGGCUUCGGUGGAGGAUUUUUGGCAGACUUGGGAAGUCUUGCCACAACCCAGCGAGCUGCUGACGAGGCGAAUGGCUUCGAAGACGUCUGACGCCGAGGCGGAGACCCCACUGGUCGACGCCUUGAUGAUCUUUCGCCAAGGGGUCUUGCCACAGUGGGAGGAUGCUGCAAACUCUGGUGGUGGGCACUUUCAGUUUCACUUCAAGACCUCCAUGGGUGGUGCGCAGAUUGAUGAGUACUGGAACAACGUCGUGCUGGGCACUCUGGGGAACACUUUGGAGCCUGCGGACAUGAUCACUGGUUUGCGGCUGGUGGACAAGGUCACCGGCCUGAAAGCCGGAGUGCCCAGCACCAUCCGCAUCGAGGUCUGGUUUGGCAGCGCCCAGGAUCAGCAGGCGGUGGCUGCACUUCAACGCAACGUGGAGUGCUGUUUGGCCACCCGAACACUGGAGGGACGCCUGGGCAAUGUGCCCAAGGCGGAGCUCAAGGUUCACAAGCUCACGCGGCAUCAACGAGAGAAAAGGCCGUGCCAAAGCUCCACCCAAAGCAGAUUGAUGCGGACCAAAUAGCAUGCCGUGCCAUACUGUGUGUAUUAAUUAGGGAAGUGUAGUGGUGCAGCGAGGCAGAUUUGAGACAUUUAGUUCAUGCAUCACAUUUGGCCAACAGCCAAGGGGUGCAUUUUGAGAUGUGCAUUUGUUUGCAGCAUUUGCAAAGCUUAUGUUGUUCUUUUGGACAGGCUGAUUGAAGUGAAUCAGAUGUUUCACAUGUCCAGCUUUUCAGCAAAAUAAGGAAGACACAAAGAUGAAGACUUCUACCAGAUAUGUUCGACAUGGUUCGACGAGAUCGUUUGGUCGAGGAAGCCCUCGCACAAACCAAAUCAUCAAAGGCGACCAACGUGCCCGCCGCUAUGUAUUGACAGAGCGGAUGGCAGCGUGCCAGGCAGAGAGCAAUUGGUG